AUGUACAGGGCGCUCCUGGCGCGGGACAGGAUUUUGUCCUACUGGCCGGAGGACAACCCGGACACGCACCCGGAGGAUUAUGCUCGCGUUCGGCUGAUGCUUCAUCACCCCUUCAAGAGAGAGACAUAUCUAUUAACCAUAGACGAACAAGUUAUCUUGACAUUCAGGGCUGCCUUUGCGUACUGUCGUGCUAACCACUCCGACCACGAGGACGACCACUACGGAAAUGGGGACGUCUCAGACGAACCGGAGGAUCUGUACGAUGAACCUACCCAAGACAACGGCCCAAUAGGGUCUUGGGGGGCCUUUGCAGCACCGUUACCUGACCGAGAAGACCACACCGACGUCGUGGACGACACGGAAGCACUUGGUUGGCACGAUGUGGACGUAACGAACGAUUGGGCUGCACAUCUUGGACGCUGUGCGCCCGAGCCGGAUUUCUGGAAAGGCUUCAGAACCGAGCACCCAGCAGAUCUUGUCAUUACCUCCGCCGCUCAUCCCGACAGCCUGAACGAGCAGUAG